UCAGCCAGAGCAUCGGGCCCCAUCUGCACGCCUCUCUCUCCCUCUCUCUCUCUCUGUCUGCUUUUAUCCGUGCAGCUCUCUCUCCCUGCCCCGCUCCUUCACUGCCAGUGUCGGCGGCAGCAGCAGCACUGUCACUUUCAGCACACUGGGGAGGAAAUGUACUGAUACUACGGAGCAGCCCGGGAGCGCAUCACCAUCUCCAUCAUCACCUCCAUCACCGUCACCGCAUCCCCCCUCGCGUCUUUUCGGGGCUUUUUUUCCCCCGGAUUGAUUCGCAGCAUCGCUCUCAAAUCGUUUGUGGAUUAUUGUUCCCUCCUCAUCGACGGAAAGUGUGACAUGGAGGAGUCCAGCUCUCAGAAGUUGGUGUGGGAUGGGGACGCCAAAGCGGUGCAGCAGUGUCUCACGGACAUCUUUACGAGCGUCUACACAACGUGCGACAUCCCGGAAAACGCCAUUUUCGGGCCUUGCGUGCUGAGCCACACGUCUCUGUAUGACAGCAUCGCCUUCAUAGCUCUGAAAUCCACCGACAAACGCACAGCACCUUAUAUAUUCAGGGUGGACACUUCAGCGGCCAACAGCACCUCGGAGGGCCUGAUGUGGCUGCGGCUGGUCCAGUCAGCCCGGGACAAAGAGGAGCAGAACCUGGAGGCCUACGUGAAGAACGGCCAGCUCUUCUACCGCUCGCUCCGACGCAUCGAGAAGGACGAGGAGUUGCUGGUCUGGUACGGCAAAGACCUCAUCGACCUGCUGCUGCUCAGUUCCAGCAGAGUGCCUCCCAAAAGCAAAGGUUCAUCCCACCACUCCUGUCCGGACUGCAGCCAGCGGUUCCAGUUUGAGUUCCCUUUCUUGGCCCAUCUCCGGUUCCGUUGCACCAAAAGACUGCAGAGCAUUGCUGCAGCCGACGAGGAGCACAGCAAAGACAGUGGCACAGAGCGACUAAACUCAACCCCAACCAGGACCAGCCCAAAGGUAGUCCGCUCCGAAGGUUUCAGCAGUCCUCAGGACAACAAUAAACCCUCCACAGACUUUCAUAACCUAGCCAGGGAUCUAGAGAACAACCGGACCAGCCCGCCGAGUGACAAGGAGGCCGAGAUCUGCAGCGAGAGCUCGGGCAAGAGGAAGUUCUCUGAAAUAGAGGACAGGGAGUGCAGAGGACCCAGCCUUCCGCAGUCCAAGUCUAAAGACGAGCUUGCAACGUCUGUGCAGAAUUACAGAGGAGCGUAUGGCCUAGAGGACAACCACCGGUCCUUCUCCCCACCAGGCUCCAUAGAGCUGGGGGAGGUAAAGCGCAGCGCCUUUACUGAGGUUAAGUCAGCCCAGCACUCCAAACAGCACAGCAGCAGCAAAAGUCUCCAAAGCUCCAACUCUGAAAACAAAGAUGGAGGUCGGCCCAGCAGCAACCCCUCGGAGAAGCACCUUAGCAUCAGGUCUGUGCUGUCAGAGACGCAGCCGCCCCAAAGCUCGCCCAUGGGCAGCGCUUUCACCUCCGUCAGCCAGCAAGGAGGUGGCAGUGGUGGGGAGAGGAAGAGUGCCUUCAGUCAGCCAUCUCGCUCCUUUUCGCAGAUCUCACCACUGGUGAUGCCACCCAAGCUGCUGGACUGCCACCCAGCGGUGGGCGACACCAUCUCCUCCAACAGACUCUACCAGGCUGACCACCUUGCUGCCAAGCUGCAGGGUGCAGAACUGGGCGCCAACUGCCCCGUGCCGGGCGGCAUGGCCAAGCAGAACCCCUUUGUCUACGCCACCGCCUUCUGGCCCAAGAACUCCGGACCUAUCCAGCUUCAGAUGCCCUCAGCUCUCACCCUGCUGCCUCCCUCAUUCACCUCGCUCUGUCUGCCCGCUCAGAACUGGUGCGCCAAGUGCAACGCCUCCUUCCGCAUGACCUCAGACCUGGUUUACCACAUGCGAUCCCACCACAAAAAGGAGUACUCCAUGGAGCCUCUGGUCAAGCGGCGGCGCGAGGAGAAGCUCAAGUGCCCCAUAUGCAAUGAGUCCUUCCGGGAACGGCAUCACUUGUCACGUCACAUGACCUCCCAUAACUGACUUUUUGAAACUAACAAGGACGAGACUUUUGUUUAACAUGGACGGAUUGUCAACCUGCCUGGAUUUAAGCACUCUGACUGGAAAUAGACCACUUAAAAACACAAGAACACCCCUUGCACUUAUUUUCACUUUGGACUAUAAUCUUUGAAUUCCUUUUCUGUCUGUUUGCUUUUACUCCCCUGUAAAAACAAUUAAUGUUUUGGGUGUAUGCAAAUGCGUUUUGACUUCAAAAAUGAAUCUAUUUAUGAAAAGUUCACUUAAAAGUUUGAGAAUAAGGGAAGAUUUAAAUAUGUGUAAUUGUACAGUAAGUUGUAUUUUAUAUCAUAUAAAUGCAAAUAUAGAGAAAAAUUACAAAUGUAGUCAUACAUCAUGGUUUACAACGCAGCAAGUUUUUUCAUGUCUACAACGAAUAUGGACUCAAAUUGGGGAUAUUAUGUCAGACUAUAUUUCAGAGUGCAUGUAAUAUUAAAUGAUAUUGAUUUAAGAUGCAGUCUAUACAUUACAAUGUAAAUAAUUUGUUUUAUUUGAAAUACAAAGUGUAAUAUUUUGUGUCAGUGGGGAAUAGUUUCAGUGUUUCUUCCUUUUGCGGGAAUUUACUACUUGAUAGUUUAUCUAAUCAUGUUGAAUGCAUUGACAAUAAAAUAGCUUUAU